AUGGAAAACUUUAUGACUACUCAAGCUCAACAAAACAAAGAUUUCGCAAAUCAAAAUGCUCAUACGAGUGAAAUGAUGAAACAAUUGUCAAGUAAAAUUGAUGUUAUGGUUACCCAUAAUAAAAUGUUAGAAACCCAGAUUUUCCAUGUAGCCCAACAACAAGUAACAAUAGCAGUCCCAGUUGGAACAUUUCCUGGUCAACCACAACCUAACCCAAAAGGCCAUGCUAAUGCUAUUACACUACGAAGUGGGACAAAAUUAGAUGAACCAGUUGACCCAAGACUCCAAAAUCCAUCGAUGUAUCAAAACUCUGGUAAAGGAACUAAACAGGUAAGCGAACCAACCCAUGAUGGAAAGGUAGACAAAAAUGGAGAGUCAGAAGAUAAAGAAACACCUUAUGUGCCUUCGCCACCUUACAAACCACCUAUACCUUAUCCUCAAAGACUUGCUAAGUCCAAAAAUGAAGGAGAAUUUAAGAAAUUCGUAGAACUUAUGAAGUAG